AAAGAAAAGUUUACUUUUGUAUAAUUCGAAAACACACGUAAUUGAUUAACCAUACUGUUUAGAUGGAACUGACUAUAUGAACUUCACUAUACUUGUAUAACGAAAGUAUACGUGAGAUUGGAUGUUUACUUGUUUAACCUACAUUUUAUAAUUAAAUUAAAAAAGAGCUUUUAUUUUGGACAUCAACAUGGCAGAAAACACGGAACCAAAGAGAAUAGUAGCUAUUGGUGUAGAUGGAAGUGAUAAUGCGAAAGCAGCUUUUAAUUUUUAUCUUACAAACGUAAGACAAGAAGGGGAUAAAGUAUACCUUAUAUACGCUGUAGAAAUCAACCACGUCCUUCAUUCAACACAAUGGUACAAUUCACCCUACUCUUUCGAUAGAGACAUGCUUAUAAAAUUACUUGAUGAGGAAAAAGAAAGAAUUAAAAAGAAAUUAGAGAAGUUUGCAGUGCUCCUAAAAGAUGCAGGGAUUGAUGGCACUGUGAAGAGUAUUCACGCUGAAUCUCCAGGGGAAGGUUUGUGUAAAGGAAUCGAGGAAACCGGUGCGUCACUAGCGAUUGUCGGCACACGUGGGAUGGGGACGCUGAGGCGCACGUUCUUGGGCAGCGUUAGCGAUUACGUGCUACAUCACGCGCACGUGCCUGUCCUAAUUUGUAGGCACGAGAGUGAUCACGAUCAAUAUAAAGGCAAAAAACAUUAGCUAUAGAUCGUUUUAAGAAAUGUGCCAUUCAUAUAUGUUAACAACUUUAAAAUAUACAUGUAUAUCGAGGGUUGACCGCAAAACUGCUGUAACUUGUAUGUAAUAAACAGACAACAGUUUUGAGGUAAACCCACGAAUUACACAACAUUUAAGCAGUAUAUGUAAAUUUGUAUUUGUGUGUAUGGCAUGGACACCUGUUAUUGGAUGAAGAAUAUUUUGAUUUGUUUGGAAUAGGCAUAGACUAAUCUAAAUUCGUCCUAGGUACAAAACAUAUCUAUUUUCAAAAAGACAAUUUCGUUUCUUUUACAUUUGUAUAAUCACUUCUUACACAAUAUAAAUAAACAGAUAUUAUUGCUUGAUCACGUGACUAAACACAAUGAGAUUUAACCUCUGUUUGUAAGGAGACAUCUACAUUUGUAUUUUAAUCAGAGUUUAAAGUACAGUGUAUUUGUAUUUAGAUUCAACUAACUUUGAAUAAUUUAACAAAUUCCAACAUCCUUUUUUCAAAUGUGUGACCUAUGUUGGUUUUAAUGCAGAAAUAAACUAAAACAAUGCAUGUUGAUUUUUUAAA